AUGAGCGCUGCGGUGCAGCCCGUCGGGCCAACAGGACAGCCCCCGCGGCAGCCUCUCGGGUUUGGCCUCUAUUUUGUCGCGCUUCGCGGACUCUGUGCGCUGUACGGGCUGCUCGGGAUCGGGAUCGCGGGGGCCGGCGCAUCGCUCGGACUGUACCUGCUCCUCACCACCGUCCUCGCGCCGGACCAGCGCGUCGUGAUCACACCCGUCAACUUCGACUACACCGGCGGCAACCCCGUGGCAGUUGUGGCCCUCGGGUCGCGCGAGGCCCUCAGGCGCUCGCGCGCCAACCUGCUCGCGGGGCCACUGCAACUGCCGGAUGCGCAACCGGACGUCGUCGGGAAUGUCCGGGCCGACCGUGCCAUGGCGCCCGGCGAGAAGUUCUCGGUCGUGCUGGAGAUGGAGCUCGCGGACGACUUGCAGUCGAGCACGGACCUGUUCGUUGUCGCAGCUGAUCUCCUCACGUUGCCACCACCGUGCGAAUCCUCGCGUGACGCGGCGCCGGAUGAGCAACAGCAGACAUGCAGGAGCAACCUGUUAGCACGAACCGUCAGGACGGCGGUGGUCCCGCUGCGCAGCCGGGCGCUGCGAGCGAUGUCCGCCUUCAUCCGCCUGCCGUUCCUGUUGACCGGCAUCGCUGCCGAGAGCCAGCACGUCCGCGUGGAGCUGGCCCACGGGGCGGUCGAGCAGAAGGACCCGCUCGCCGCGGUGCGGCUGCAGCUGCUCCCGCGAGGGGACAGCGCGUCGGCGGGGCUCCCGGUGGUGAGGCGGGCGGACCUGGUGCUGGUGUUGGAGCUCACCCCCCUGCGCACCCUGGCCUACUGGGUGCGACCGCCCGGGUGGGCCACGCUGCCCAUGUGGGCCGGCGCGGUCGGCACGUGGUCGCUCGGAGUCGCGUGGCUCGCCGUCGUCUACGUCGCGUACUCGUGGGGCGCGUCGGCUGCCCCGCACGUCGUCGACGGUGUGCAGCAGAUGUUGGUGCACGUGCUGCUGGCCGUCGCGGGUUCGCUCAGGCGAGUACAGGGCGCCGCGCUGCUGGACGCGGAGGUGCGCGACGGCGGCGGCGACGCCGGGGGGAGCGCUACCAGCGGCGGGCAACAGUCCGGGCAAGAUGCUACGCAGCAGUACGGCAAAGCGGGUGCGGCGGCGGAGAGGGGCGGUCCGAGUCGAGAGCGCGACUCGACGACCCAGUCCGACUCACAGUAG